CUCUCAUACGUUAGCAAAGCACUCCUUGGAUGCUCUAAAGCCGUGAGCCACACUCUACUCUCUCUCUCUCUUUUAUACUUGGCCACCACGAUCACGAAAGCCAAAACCCACAGCCAUGGCUUCCUCCUCCACCGACGUGAAGAAAAUAGUAGGCGACCUGGACAAGGAGUCCUUCAUAUCCCUUCUGUCCAAGCUCAUUGGGGAGUCCAAGUACCUCCAGAACAACCCACCUGACCUCAUCCCUCAAGAGGACCGAGUCGUCAAGCACGUGCUCGAUUCCUUGCUGCCCCUUAGCACCACCACAGGCGGUGGUCCCUUGGUGAUCAACCACGUGACCUACUUCCCCGGCAGAGGCAACGUUAUUGUGGAGUACCCAGGAACUGUUCCUGGGAAGAUCUUGUCCUUUGUUGGCUGUCACAUGGACGUCGUCACUGCUAAUCCCAAAGACUGGGAAUUUGAUCCAUUCUCAUUGAGCAUCGAAGGAGAUAAACUCCGUGGCCGUGGAACCACUGAUUGCUUGGGUCAUGUUGCACUUCUAACUGAGCUCAUGAGAAGGCUGGCUGAGACAAAGCCAAAAUUAAAGUCAACAAUGGUUGCAGUCUUUAUAGCAAAUGAAGAGAAUUCUUCCAUUUCAGGAGUUGGUGUGGAUGCGCUUGUGAAGGAUGGGCUACUCAGUAAGCUAAAGGAUGGUCCUCUGUUUUGGAUUGACACGGCAGAUAAACAACCUUGCAUUGGUACUGGUGGUAUGAUACCUUGGAAGCUUCAUGUGACUGGGAAGCUUUUUCAUAGUGGUUUACCACACAAGGCUAUAAAUCCUUUGGAGCUAGCUAUGGAAGCACUGAAAGAGAUCCAGUUGCGGUUCUAUAGAGAUUUUCCUCCACAUCCCAAGGAAGAGGCCUAUGGAUUUGCAACACCGUCAACCAUGAAGCCAACUCAAUGGACUUAUCCAGGUGGUGGAAUAAAUCAAAUUCCGGCUGAAUGCACAAUUUCAGGAGAUGUCAGGUUAACUCCCUUCUACAACGUUAAGGAUGUUAUGGAAAAGCUUCAAGAAUACGUGGAUGAUAUUAACGAAAACAUAGAAAAGUUAGAGUCACGAGGUCCAGUUUCAAAGUAUGUCCUACCAGAUGAAAACCUAAGGGGAAGUCUUACAUUAAGUUUCAACGAGGCCACGUCUGGAGUUGCUUGUGAUCUGAACUCCCGUGGAUUUCAUGUAUUGUGUAAAGCUACUGAAGAGGUUGUUGGUCAUGUAAAGCCGUACUCAAUUACUGGAAGUUUACCUCUCAUUCGAGAAUUACAGGAUGAAGGAUUCGAUGUUCAAACUGCUGGCUACGGCUUGAUGGCAACAUACCAUGCCAAGAACGAGUACUGCCUUUUUACAGAUAUGAGCCAAGGCUACCAGGUGUUUAUCAGCGUGAUCGCUCAACUAGAAGACUGAGAAUCUGAGAAGAAACAAAAGCAAAUUUGAAGAAUAAGAAUAAAAAGAAGUUGCGGUCUCUGGUGUCUCAAGACGAGAGAAUCGGGGGCAAAAGUGGGUAAGAAAGAAACUUAGAAAGUUGAUAAAUAAUGAGAAGUUGCAAAUGGUACCUAGCUAAUCAUGGAGACAAGUAUAUAUUCCAAUAAAGAAAGCAAAAUGUUGGUAUAAUCUUUGCUUCUGGUAAGGGCAUAUGUUCUGCACUGAGUUGAGUGCAUUUCGUUAAUUACCAUUUGUCGAUGCUAA